UCUCAACAUUUAGUUGUUGCAUUCACACUCGCUUACCUACAGCAUUCGUACAUGUUGCUCUCGCUCCACCCGGUGCAAUUUUCCCACUUCUCUGAGACGUCUCUGUCUGGCAUUCACGGGACAUUCGUCCACAGUUCGCAACGAGACUUUGGCCACACCGAGUGUCUCCAGUAGUUUAGUAUUCAUUAAAAAUCGUGAUUUAUUCUUAUACAAAAUCAAAAAUUACCUCAACACAAUAACAGAAUUAAUUAUAUCAUGCCAUUAUAAUUAAUUGAUUAAUCUAACAAUAUAUUAAAUCAUCCCAUUUAUUUACCAAUAGUUUUGGGCCUGAAGUUGCAUAAUGAAAGAAGUGUUGGAAUGAAAGGAUUGAUUGUGAGUGAAGUGUCCGUGGAAUUCACAAUUUUGCAGAAUUUAUCAGCGCUCGGUAAAGGGGAUUCUUCGGAAAUUACGGACUGAUAUUCCAGUAGGGCUUCGCUGAAGGAUAAUCGGUUGAGAGAUGGAGAGGCCGCCGAUUGAUGCUUCUGAAGAGGAAGAAAGCGUCCAAGAUGAGAAUAAAUCUGCAGUGACAAAGGAUAAAGACCACAAGGAAGUAGGGGAGUUAUGGUCGAGACAGUCUAGCUCUUCAAAAGUGGUCACAAGGAGCCAGGACGAGAGAGAAGACAGCAAAGGGUCAGGCAGGAUUUCACCAACGACACGUCCUCAUAAAUCGUCUUUGGAUUAUUUUGGAGGAUCCGAGAAGGGACUCCGAAAGGCGGCACCUAGACAACUUCCAAAUUUUCGGGGUUUGGGAACGUCAACACAUCUAGGAAAUUCGACUGUUGCUAAGAUAUGCAAAGUGACACCUACCAUUUCAACUAAACUCAAGACUGAACAGGAAUUGGUGGGGGAUUUGGGGAGGAUCACUGUUCCCAACGAGGGGAUUUUUGAAAUUACCAAAACGUCCGGAAGUCCUUUGGAAAAAUUGACUUCUACUACUUCAACUACUUCAACAACUGUCGUGCAUACAGUAGUAUCGCAGUCUGACAUUGGAAGACUCCGGGAAAAUUUGGUGAAGAUCGACUUGGCUACCACUGAAGCAUACGAGCAGAAGCUGCCGGUAUUUCAUUUUCAAGUAUUGAAAGUUACCAAAACAGAAUGCAAUAGGGAAUUGCAGAAGGAGGAGAAACAGCAGACAUCCUCAAGUACGGAUAGUACACCUGAAGCUUACUCUGGUUCGACAUCGAAAUGUGGGAAACCCAAGUGGAGUAAAGAAGUGUUGGAAGUAGAGAAGAGAUGGUCUGGAGAAUUCUUGGACAAUCAAUUGGAUCGAAAUUCAUCAGAAUCAUCGAAGUCCUCGUACGUGGAGGAGGCUGGGAGUGUAUCAUCCCAUGACAGUGGCUCGGGCAGUAAUCUCCAGGAGAGGAUUUCACAGUCUCAAUCUCACACUGACGCAUGUCGAGAUGAUUCGCGAGAUUGUCAGAAUACUCUCACCACGAUAGACUCUAGUUCUUGGUUCGAUGAUAGAAUUAAAGGUGUUGAUGAUAUCAGAGAAGAAUCUAAUGAUGAGGAUGAGAAGACGAUAGAAGGCAGUAGCUUGAAAGGGUCGUCAUUAACAGGUCGUGAAGAGGUAGAAGGUAGCAUUAGUUCUUGCUUCGAUCAACCCGAACAUGAGCUAAAAGAAAGUGCAAGCAAUCAUAUAACGGACAACAGCUGCGAGUUCCUGAAGGAUACGGGCGACGAAACGUCAAUAAACGACGGUUACGCUGAGUUGAUAAAGGAAAUAAUCAUGGAGCCCUGCUCUUCUAGCCACAAAGAGGAGAAGAAAAAGAAGAGCGGCCUCCGUCGACUGUUGCCAGGCCUGUUCUCCCCGAAAGAUUCUCGAAAGGAUCAUCGGAAGGACCACAAAGAACGAAAGAAACGUGACGAGAGACACUUCAGUCAGCACCAGCAGAAUGGAAUCUACACGAGAUGUCCGGAUACCAUGAACCUAAAUGACGAUAUAAAGCACAACGUAAAUUUGGACACCAGUUUGAAUGGUUCGAUAAUCGAGGAGAGGCUGAAUGAAAUUAAGCAAGAAUUAUUUCCAAAUCCAGGAAUAACGACAAGUACACCAGAUCAUUUCCUUCAAGAGAGAAGUCUGCAUCAAGAUCAUAGGACGCCUAGAUUAUACGCGGCAAACUCAUCCAUCAGCUCGAUUGGACCUGAAGAUGGUUGGAUAGAUCAGAAUAUCAUAAGUGGAUCACCAGACAUGAGAAAACUGAAGCAAAAAAUCAGGAACGACGAUCGAAAAUGUAAUUUAGAACGUAAACACAGUCUUCAGGAAUCUGCAGCUGGUUUCUUCAGAAAUCAUGGACCGUCUGGUAGAAUUUCAGCUCCUCCCUCUGAACGCUAUCUCAUUCGACCACGUGCUGUGCAUCCCAUUGAUCGACCUCUCCCAGCGAUUCCCCAAAAAAUUGAGUUCUCGAAUUAUCAGAAUCACGAGGAGAUCCUUAAACACGGGGCAUACAGACAACAAGCCGUUAUGAAUUAUCACGGCGAAGGAUAUUACUCCGGUCAUCAAAAUUACGCGAAUCAAACCGAGCUGUAUGAGAAUGGAAAUCACAUCGAGGGCAUUGAGAUGAACAGAAAUCAAAGUAUUGAUUCCGGAUUCAAUCUGACACCAGUAUCGACUCAGGUGAAGUUGAAUCGUCAGUUUGUGAUGUCCCAGAACACUGAGAAAAUCGCUGUCAAUGUUGUGAGAUCGUCCAAGUACUCACCGAACUCAAGUCAAAAAUCCGGAGACUACGCUGAUUCAAGUUAUACCCCUAACUCAAGUCAGAAGAGUGAAUUCUCUCCGGGCAGCUCCAAAAGUGGUGAAUAUUACCUGAACUCACCUAGGAGCAGCUGUCAAAUGUCUCCAGACACGAGUUUCAGUCGGGAUCAGUCUGGUCAUGAGAAAACCCUAAUGGCGGACGACGUAUCAUCGAGUAUGGGAAUUUCAACGGCUGAUCAUCUGUACGAUGAAGCUCCUAGAUCGUUAUCGGUGAGUCCUCGUACAACUCAGUUGAGUACAGCUCAGGAGGUCACAUGCAUGCGAUCAUCCCCGAACAUUCCAUUAUCCACGAAUCUCGCGAAGCUUCGAGCAAAUGUCGAGGAAGCUACGGAGUCUGGAAGUAAGGAACAAACCUCUCGUCUUCCUUCACCCGUCUCAAGCUCCUGCUCCAUACCCCCGUCACCGAUGCAAUCACCUGGUCAGAGGGACAAAUCACUCUCAGUUUCAUCUUCCGUUGCGUCAGUGGAGCGAAGAGUCACAUCACCACUCACCAUUUCAACGUUAGAUAAUCAGAAAUUAGAGACGUCCGAUAAUCAGAGCAGAUCAGGUACUCCGUUAAUAUCCGGAAUCAUUCCAUCGCCCAGAGGUCUCAUUCAAACGAAAAGCCCUGAGAGGAAACGGAUCACGUCACCGACUAUUUCACAAUUGAAAGCUUCCACUCCCACGCCCCCGGUGACAUCCAGAAAGGCUAAUCCGAACGAUCAAAUUUUGAUAGCAUCACCAAAGAGAGAUCCCAUGUAUGAUCAGAGGUCGCCGAGCAAGAUGGACCCUAGGUUCCGGGGAUCACCUGUAAUCAUGGCUGAUUCCCCAAACCGGUCUUUGUCACCUAGGCAAAAGUCUCCGCAAGUUACAGACCCAAUCGACGAAAGCCGAUUGGUGAAUCUGCGAGAAAUUUCGCAUCAACCUCCUCAGGCCUUUCGAGAUGAACCACAACGAUCUCUAUCCCCUGCAAUCCGUCAAACCAGCCCGGGAAAAGGGCUCAGAAAGCCUGAGCCAAUCUACGCUGGAAGAGCAUCUUCUCAGAGAACAAUUUGUCCGUCACCUGGACAACCGAAAGCUCCAGAGGGGCCAAUGGAUGCUCUCCUGAUUAGAACUGUACCCGCGAAUUUCUCUCAUCAACCCUCGAAGAUCCCCACGAAAGAAGCGCCUGAUCAGAGAGGUCGUACGUCUGCCCCCAAUUCACCAGAAAAAUCUAACCCACAGCAGAUAAUUCCACCGGUCCAGAGAAGUCCAAGUGCUCCUCCCGGGAAUGUUGAGUCGCUGCAUCUCAGGAAAAAAAACCACAGUCCAUCACCUCAUGAGCGGCCUUAUGCGGUCUACGAUGACAAUAGUUCAUCUACUGAAAUGAUCUCCAGAAAGAGUCAAUCUCCAUCGAUUCUCACGGUUCGAGUGAGGUCUCCAGGGCCUCAGAACAUCGAAAAAAAAUCGAUGCAGCCGGUCUACGCCAGUGGACAGGAGAUCGCGAAUCAAGAACAGAUUUAUGAUAAACGAGAGGUGAAUAGAGAGAAGAUAUACGCCCAACGGAAUGAGAAGCAGCAGGCAAUUUACAGCCAGAAAGUGUCUGAACCGAUAUAUGACCAGCAAUCGAAUAAACAGUUAUCUCCAUCGAAGUACCAAACAUUGCAGCACCUGGAGGCAUUCUACUGGCAGCAGAAGGCACUUGAGACCCAGCGAACCUCCACCAAUUCACCGACGAUCCCCAAACAAGAUUUGAAAGCUGAAAAAUCAGAAGUUCGAGAAGCGAUCUAUUGGCAGCAACUUAAGAAGCUGAAUGACGAGCAGCAGCAGAAAAUUUAUGAGAGGAGUCAAUUCGAAGAAGGUAAAGCCAUCACUAAGGACAAUCCCAAAGGGUCCGCUUCGAGGGCUCAGCGGAUAGAUCAACGACAAGAGCAUCUGGAGCAAGUGUACUGGCAGACGAAGGUUCAGCGCAAGCAGCAGUUGACGUCUAAGCCCCCCAUAGUUGGACAGAAAGGCCAGCAUCAACCGGUCCUCGUGGUGAGACCUCAGCAGGCCCUUCGGGAUCCUAAUGAACUUGUUAAUCAGAGAUCCAAGAGUGUAUCGCCUCAUUUCGUUCGAGGUGAUGAACGACGGAGCUUGCAGCUACCUAGGAAGACUACGGACAGAUCUGAUGAUGGUGGAUUUGGAGAGUACAGAGUGGAUCGAUCUCCAAAAUUAGUAACACCACCGAUCUAUGAUGAGGCUGAUGAUCGAAAGAAUCCUCCCCCGAUCUUCAAACGUGGCAGUUUGAUAAGUAACUCGAAUAGUUCCGUUGAUUACGGUACAAUGGGGACGAAAAGAGUGAGUUUCUCGAAUCAGUCGAACUCGCCGGAGAUUGGAUCGGGUAAUUGGCCGACGAAGCAUGGAAUGGCUCCUGAACCACCUACUAGGAGACACAGGGCUGAGGACAGAACGUCUGACACCACUGAUCUGGCAUUUGCGAGGGUUCAGGAGGAAAAUCAGAAUAAUGUCAACAAAAGUGUCAACGAUAUUUAUGGAAAUUUUCCGGAACAAAUUGAAGGGGUUUCAGAAACCGAGUUUGAUGCUAAACCAUUACCACCAACGCCUGUUAGUGCCAUGACGAAUGCAGCCAACAGCAUGAGAGAUAGGAGACAGCAGAGGAUGGAAGCUCAACGGGCUCAAGUUUUGGAGAAUCCGAGGAGAUGGGUGAGGGCGAGCGAGAGCGAGAGUGGAAGUGAAACUGGAGAAGUUCAGAGGAUUCUCCAGCGUCGUAACGAGGAAGAGUGGAAUCCGGGUGGUAAAGGGCGCCAGUCCGAUGACACCGGUGGAUCAGGCAGGGCGGAGGGUGAGGGGAGCUCGAACGAUCUUCCCGGCGGGCGUAGGAGCGGCGUCAUCGGAGUUUUGAGUAACGUUGGGGUAGCAAGGGCAACCGGUCCACUGGGGGGCGGCGGUGGCCGUUCGAGGGACGAGCCAAGAAGGCACACCCUCAGCGGUGAUCACGCGCCCUCCCUGCAUCACCAGCAAUUUAACACCCAACAACUACAUCCACUUCAUCCCCAUCAUCUACCACCACCCCACGGACAGUACGGUACACCACCGAGGCACGGAACCAUGGAUCUGGAGAUGGGGACCAAGUCUCGCCAGCGAAAGUCUCCGCUUCCAAGAGGCUACCCGCCUCCAUCAACGGCGAUGCUCUUCGAUGAUGAUCCGGGUAUCAUGUCGGAGGUGGAGACUUCAUCAACAGGAUUCCGACGUGGUGGAAAACAGCGGAGUAGUCUGCCAGUGGUACGCACACCGAGCAAAACUCUGGAACGACCACUAGGCGACUCCCUAGGCCUGGUGUUCCUGCAGUACAGGAAGGAGACGAAGAGGGCUCUAUUGCCGAAUGAAAUAACGAGCAUCGAUACAGUUAAAGCACUCUUCGUCAGAAGCUUCCCAAAGCAGCUGACAAUGGAGUAUCUAGACAGCCCUGAUGUCAAAGUUUACAUUCACGACAGUAACAAGGACAUGUUCUACGAGCUGGAAGACCAUCGCUCACAUUUACGAGACAUCAGAGAUAGAAGCGUUCUGCGAUUAAUCGAGAAGAGUGAUAUCGUCGGGAUGCCAGGGCCCCUCCAGGGGCUCCCUGUAGGAGGCCAGGGCUUGCCACCUCACUGGGAGGACCAGAGUUACUUCAGUGAGCCUGAAUUUGACAGUGAAUUUCAACACCAGCACAUCCACAAGAGCAAGACGGCGAAGAAUUCCACCUCAGGAAAUUAUUACAUGGGCGGUAGCAGUACAUUACCAAGAGGUGGACCAAUAAUGCGAGCCUACAGUCCAGCAGCCCCAGCAGUCCUUGCGGGACCAAAUGCAACCCCAGCCCAACCAAAGACCCUGGGCACCCCAGGUGGUGGAGUGGCACCAGCCAAGCCGCUCCGGGGAUACCAGUGCGGUAAGACACCCCUUGGCAGCCUAGGGGGCUCGGCACGCUUCUCUAGAGACAGCUCAGUAUCCCUUUAUAGUAUACCAGAUCGUUUGCACGGGGAAAGUGGCUACAUGAGCAGUCCGGAGCGCAGUGGAGGUGUUGGAGCUGGAAUAUCGAGGUACCCGGGUUACAGCACACAGAGCAGCUACGAGGAGCCAUACUAUUCGCAGUAUUCUGGGACAGUUACCCCAGUAAUCGAUGAAGAAGCCAGCGAUACAGAACUGUUGGAGGAAUCGUACAGUCUGUAUGGUGUUAAACCACCGGGUCGUCCACCUUCAGGUCCCCCAAGAUCCCCGUUCCCUCCAGGGGCGCCCGCACUACCCGGGCAGACCUACGACGUAACUCGGAUAAGGGUGGAACACAUGGAAAGACAGCUUGCUAAUUUAACUGGUCUCGUGCAAAAGGCCCUAACCCACGCGCCACACACCAGUCCAUCACCCAGGGACUAUCUCCAAGUCCCAGCUGGACGUGAUCCUUACACGAGAAGUGCAGGCGCCGGGGAUGAGUUCGACAAACACUCUAGCUCCAGCUCUGCCUCACUGCCAGAUGACUCGUAUCUAAGGACUGACGUUAAGCCACCGAAAUUAGGGAAAGACAAGUCGGUGUCGUUCGAAAAAUCGGUUUCAUUCAGCGACGAGCCACCGGACAUGAACUCACCAAAACAACAUUCACCUCAACAUGCAGCGGACACAAAGCCGACGAAACCAGCAAUCAAGUCAUCUACUUUGCCGAGGAUGUCUUCGCAAGAACGCGAUCGUCAUAAACCUAAUCUACCCCCUAAACCAGUAGCCCUGGCUGCUGGAGGAUACGUUUAUCGCGAUUUGGCCCUCACUCCUGAGAUGUAUAAUCAAUUGAGAGGUCUGCAGAAGAAAGCUAAGGAUCUCCGCCAGGAAGUUCGCAAUCUCAGGCGAAUGUCACAGGCACAAGCCCAUACUGUUAGAGAAACUAUUAGAGACACUUUCAUCACAAUUCGGGCAAUGUUAUUAUCCGGCGGUGAUGCAGCAUGGGCUGCUGGGGACUCGGAAAAAAUAAGAUUGAGCCGCGAAGAGGACCUCUACAAACAAGAAAUGAUAAGGCUGGAAAAAGAUCUCACCGAGCUAGAGAGUACGGUGGAGGAACUACGGGGAAAUGUAAUAAACCGGAAGACACGUGUCAACAUGUCGGAUGUUGAAAACAUGGCGUUAAUUCUGAGUAAAUCCAGCAAAACGGUGGCAGAUCUCAAGGUGCGUUUUCCAAGCCUCCAGGAGGGUAUGAAAGGCCUCCUGAGCUCCGAAAUGGAGAAGGUAGUGCGAGAGGAAAAAUUCCUCAAGGAAGAACCGGAACGACUUGAAUCUGCUCUUAGGCGAUGCAAGAAACUUACUGGUACCCUCGUCACGCUCAAACGCUUGGCCUCGGUGCAAGAGCAACGAUUACCAAACGCUGUGAGCCUAGACGCCGAAGAAACACCGCCAAUAACGCCAACAUCAGCCCAGCAUUCAAAGACAACUGCCCCUGUGCCAGCGGAACGCACUGUCCUGGGGUCAGCGGGCGUCAUCGGGGGAGGGUCCCACCCUGGUGAAUCAUCCGCCCCCCAUCAGCAGCGUCCGGAGAACGCACUCGACGCUCUGCUAGACGAACUCCAAACCUUCUCACGGCCAUCAUCCCAACUAUCCCAAGUCUCCACCACAAGUAACACCACAAAUCAUAUUCCAAAUCUUCUUGAAAUCGGUAGAUCCGCUUCCCAGAUCGUUCAAUCAAGCAUUCGUCCACCGAAUAUAUCAGAAAUCGGACGAAAGGGAAGUGUAGAUUCAUCAGCAAGUCUGGCAAUAAUUCCAGCAAAUACAACACUUCGUAGAUUGCACUCGUACCCAUCGAGCUCAGAUACAGACACAUCACCGCCAAUAGCAAGACUCCAGGUGUCGGAUGGAACAGGAGCGCCGCAGAAGCCUCCUGUGCCAGAGCGAAAUGCUGAACUCCUGCAAUUGGCGACAGCCAGACGAGUUCCACCACCACCACCGCCAAGAACUAGCUCCAGAUCACCCUUAGCUAGUCCAACGAGUCCUCAACUUCCGCCGAGAAAUCCAACAGGAACGCUGAGAAGAGGUCGGCCUAAUGCCAAGGACAGCGGAAAGCCGCCGAUGGCACUGCCACCAGGAGCUGCCCCAGGUGCUCCCGAGGAAGCCGGACAGAACCAACCUCAGAAUAACAUCCUAUCGACCUCGAACUCCAGCUCGUGCGAGAGUAUCAACUCUCAGGAGGGCAUGCAGAACAAGAAGGGAAGGCAGGAACAGCUGGAGCAACGCCACCAGGAGUUGCUCAGAAAGCAGAAGGCUCUGCAAGAGCAGUACGCAAGGCUCCAGCAGCUCCAGAGAAACACCUCGGGACUCGUCACUGUACCACCAACACCACCCGAUCUACUCAAGAAAACCGGCUCUGAGAGCAAUCUUCUCGCAAAAAUGGGACUCAGCAUGAGCGCUGCCAAUUCUGGGUCCUUAACGAGUCUCACGACUCCAAAAAAUGACAAGGAAACUACGGUUAAUGAUAAUCAGGGACAGACUACGGCUGUUGGCAAUCAAACUACAACAAGUAAGAUUUACGAAACUGAUAUUCUGUGACCGAUAAUCGAGAGGUUUUCGUCCUGUCAACUUAAACAUUUCACUGAUUAUUUCGAUUUUAUAUCGAGAGGGAUUUUUAUUUCUUCAUGAGGAUGGCCUCGUGCCCUUUUUGAUAGGGAUUGGGCUGAUAUGAGUGCGCAAAUUAUGAAAUUCUUAAGUCGUUAUGAAGUUUUCAUGUUAUUAAUCGUGAUGUAAUUGAGUGGAUUUUUUCUUACUCAGUAAUUAUCGUAGGGAAUUAUCAUGUUGCGAUCUUCGAGGUAGAAGUGAAAAUUUGUUGCUUUAUGCUAUUAUUGAGAACUGAAAAUGUUUUUUGGGAAUUAGGAGGGAUUCAGUUUAAGAGGAUUCUGUCGACAAUGUUAACAAUUUUUCGAUGAAAUUUUGGGUAAUAGUCUUGGAAAUUUAUAACACAUUUUUUUGUUUGAAAUUGGUAUCUCGCUUCAAGUCAAUUAUUUACGAAAAAUAAUUUUUUUAAUUGAAAACGCAGCUUAACAGUAAAUGUUUCUGCUUAGUCGGCUUCAAUGUCUGUCGAGAAAUUCAGUGAAAUUUUUUUAAUAUUGUCGGGGAGUGAGUGAAACCAGUCAAUGCGCUUCAAGAACAUGUUGAAGAUUAUAUUUGCAGGCGCAUGGCAAGCAACUAUCUACGCUAGAUAUUGUAAUCAAAGAGAAUCCGUUUCUAAUGCAAGAACUACAUUCAAUACAACUGAGGGAAGAGAUAAUUCUACUAUAGAGAUAUGUAUGAAAAAAUUUAAUAGAACAAUCUCGUGUUUUUCGAAAUUAUGCUACUGUUGAUAGAAAUAUAUGUUGAUUUUUCGUUCAAUAUAUGUUGAUUUUUCUGCAUAAAUUAUCAGAAAAAAAUUAAUUCUAUAGAUUCAUCCGUCAGAUAUUUUCUAGUGAAUAUUUAUUAUUAAAAAAAUCACGUGUGACAGGAAUUUUCUAUUAAAUUCUUUGAGUUGCAUGGAAAUGAUUUAAAAAAAAACAUCAAUAGAAUCGUAAUGAAGAACUUAAGUAGAAUGAAAAAUCUCGCCAUUUUAAAAAUUACGCAACUGUUGAUAGCAAACACUCAAUGUAUAUUGAUUUUUCUACGUAAAUAUACCUAACAUCUCUUGGGAACUGAUUAUCCAAAAUUUAGACCGAAAAUAUCGCUCCUAAAAAUCGACGUCUAUUGAUUUUUCAUAAGAUAUUUUCUACCGAAAAUUUAUUUUAAAAAAUUCCAAAAGCUGUGGAACCCUUCUGUAAAAUCUAGACCAAAUCUGAGUAGAAUUUUUGUCUUCGUUCCGCAAGACAAAUUCCACAGAGUGUAUUGAGAAGACGUAGAUUUUUCAAUAACUUACUUUCGUUCCUCCUGUCGUACCCCCGAGCUACUCUGAUUGAAGAUAAAAAUGAGCUUCGACUGUAAAUACUCGAACCUUCAUUAAACCCCACACACUCGUUGCGAUUCGUCAAUACCAAUAGAAUCCAAAAUGAUGAAUCACGAAAAAAAUACAUCUGGACAUGAGCGAAAAAAAAAAUUCAUCCAUCAAUUAUCUCUAACGUUAAAUAACGAAUUUAAUCAGAUAAGAAAUAUUCAAUGAUUGCUCGGUUUUGGCUGUUAAAUUGUUAGAUAAACGUCGCAACCGUGAGGUGCAGCAGUGAAUCACUGCUGAUGGCCGCCCUCACGCGACGAAGAGAAUCCACUGAUAAAUUUCACCAACAAUUAUAUGUGUAAUGCGUAUUUGCCAUUACGAUUUAUCAAUCGUUAUUCACGCAUCGACGCAUCGACUUAGUCUGAUAUUACUCGUAAUUACUAGUUGUAAUGAGACAGGAAAAAAUGAGAAAUUUAAAUCAUCUAUAAAGUAUGAAUGGAGUGUUUAGUGACACGCGAGAAAAAAAAACAAUAUUAAAUUAACAAUUCAUAUUAAAACAAUCCAUAGACCGAUAAUUGAAUGAAUAAAUAAAAUCAAUAAAUGUGUGAGUUAUACGAAUUACUGCGAGUGAUAAAGUCUGAUGAAAUUCAAUAAAUUGUAUCAACUAAUAUGAAUGUUUUCGUGAGACUUCUCACGCUCAAGUCUCACCAGAUUCCGAGGUGAUGAGUAAUGAAUAAUUAAAUGAAGUUAUGUGUUAACUACAUUGACAUUUUCCCUCCCUAAAAUCAUUUUAAGUAGUGAAAGAAGUGACAAAAACCGUGAUGCGAUGAGAGGUUCAUUACUGUGCUUCUCUAAAUCGUCUAAUCACGAUAGGGAACUUGCAUAAAGUCCAGUGUUCAAGUAUUUUUCAUCUUAUUUGUUGUAAUAUUAUUUGAGUCAUGAGGUCACAUCACAGAGUGUCGAAACGUGACAUUUUAGUGGUGCGAGAUGUGCAUCGUAAUGAAAUAAAAUUUUCAAAAAGUUUGUUCAAUCAGAAAUGAAAAAAUGCAAGUUCCCUAUUAUCACCAAUCAAUCAUCAGCAUUACCCCCGCACACCAGUCACAUCAACGUGAAUGUAAUGAAUAUCCACACCUAUUUACGUAUAUAGACAUAAAUAAUAUAAUAUGCACGUAUAAUAAUGAAGGAAGUCAAGGAAUAAAACGAGUAUGCAUUGCAAUCGCAACAGGAUGCCACAAUGAACUAGUGAAUUUUUUCAACAAAAAUAGACUUACCGCGAGAGAUGAAUUUCAAUGUGCAACUAUUGAAGACCCUUCACUCGAUAGAAUAAUCCCAUCAGACAGAGGGAGAGAGAGAGAGAGAGAAAUCGAUGGAAAAUCCGAUAAAUGUGCCAACACUAGAGUAAUUCCAGCGUUUCAACUAGACAUUUGCUUUUCAGAGCCAACAAAUUAACAUUUUUUUUUUCUCUCCCACGGGAACAAUUAAGCAAUAAUACAAUCAAUCGUUACGUUACCAAUCACUUGCAUAUCUCUCGAACUCAUCGAUUUUGUAUAAAUGUUCAAUCAUUUAACAAAUAAAAUCAUAAAUGGCGAUCAUUCUAAAUGUGGGUCUGAUGAAUUCUUCAGUAGAAUCGAAGAAAUUGCUCAAGAAUAAUGUUGAAUAAAUGAAAUGAAGUGAAUAAAUUCAGCCUUCACAUCCAGUAUUAAUCAAUACUUAUCAUAGUGACUAUGAAAAAAAAAAUAUCCCGAACACUUCGAUUUUUUUUUUCAGAUGUAGCAUCAAUGUCAUGACAAUAGAGAACUUGCAUGAGAUCUGUGAACUACUACAGAGUAAAAAGUACUUCGGAAAGUAGUCUGGAUAUUUUGUAAUGAGUGAUUAAAAAUAUAUGAAUUUUAAACACUCUUUUCGCGGUCACGACGUCAACCCACCAGAAUCAAAUGUCCUCUUGUCACCACUGGGAGCGCUAGUGGGUUAUUCCAACCUCUCUCCGAGCGCGGGAAAUUCAAAAUUAUUGAACCACACUUCAGAAAUGAAAUAUGCAAGUUCCCUAUUAAGUGUAGAUAUUCAGUAAAAAGGUUGAUAACACGCAAUUAAUGGAGUGAAUAAAAAUUAUAAUUUAUACAAAAAUAUUCAGAUAAUAUUCCAUCAAGUAACUAAUAAUCUCUUGACUAAUUAGAUUUUCAUAAAUCAUUUUUUUACACUUUGAGAAUCAAUAGGGUCUAGGGGAUAAUAGCUGACAUUUUUUAUCGCACAAUUUAUUUAUGUCGAGAGGCCUAAUAAUUUCUAAUGCUCCAUCAGACCUUCCGUUGCAAUGCACAAAUUAUAACCACUAGGGGGAGAUGAAUAAUGCUACACGUAAAUACACUUUGAUUCAACGCAGAAGUCAUUACCGCUAAUGAAGUAUUUGAAAACGUAUUUAAUAAAAUAAAGUACAUGAAAAAUUUGUAAAAAAAAAAUCUUGCAUCAUUUAUUGGCGCUGCUAAACGAAAUUAUUUCAUGUCAGUAUUGUGGGGAAUAUUGUCCUGAUUAAUAAUCAAAUUCAAUGAUUGAUUAUGGGUACGAGUAGUGUCGCGCUUACAACCGUAGAUAAACAAGAAGUAAUAAUUUUUUUUUUUCAUUUUUUUGCCAUUUGGAGGUACAGUAAGUGGAUAUGAAAUUGGGACACUAGUGUAAUAUUCUAUUCUGAACGGUAAUGUAUGCCAAAUUGAAUUGAAUUGUUACAUUUGUAAAUGUUUGUAAGUAAUAUAUAGUUAUAAUAAAAUAAUCGACUAUUAAUUUAUGAAGUGGACGUCCGUAAGUGAGAACACCUUUGAAACAACGAAUAAAGCACAUAAUGGCAUAUUAUUUCAGUAUAUGAUUAUUUAAUUGUUCUGAC